CCUAUUUUUAGCAAUCUAAAUUUAACUUGCUCCGCUUUACAUAUAAGUUGACGUAGCCAUCUUCGAAACGGAUCUAUGCGAAAUCUAAUCAGUAAACUGGAUUAAGAAAAAUUACAAUCAAGUAGUGAGACAUAGCAGAAACAGAAGAUGCAGGCCAUUAAAUGUGUAGUUGUAGGCGACGGAGCUGUUGGUAAAACCUGUUUGCUCAUCAGUUAUACAACCAAUGCCUUCCCUGGUGAAUAUAUACCAACAGUGUUUGAUAAUUAUUCUGCCAAUGUUAUGGUAGAUGGUAAACCUAUUAAUCUAGGAUUAUGGGAUACAGCAGGACAAGAAGAUUAUGAUAGAUUAAGACCAUUAUCUUAUCCUCAAACAGAUGUAUUCCUUAUAUGUUUUUCCCUUAUCAGUCCAGCCAGUUUUGAAAACGUCCGAGCAAAGUGGUUUCCUGAAGUAAGUCAUCACUGUCCCCAGACACCCAUUAUAUUGGUAGGAACCAAGCUCGAUCUGAGAGAAGAUAAAGAAACUAUUGAAAAGCUGAAAGAAAAGAAACUAUCACCUAUAACCUACCCACAAGGCCUUGCUAUGGCUAAAGAAAUUGGCGCAGUCAAGUACUUAGAGUGCUCUGCUCUCACACAAAAAGGUCUUAAGAACGUGUUUGAUGAAGCAAUUCGAGCAGUUCUAUGCCCAAAACCCAAACCCCCAAAGAAGAAAAUUUGUAAAAUAUUGUAAAUUUAUAUUUUAUGUUGAACUGGUUUGUUGAAUAUACAGAGCCGUGAAUAAAAAGCUGAUUAAAAAAAAAAUUCUUAAAAAAUAAUAAAACGUAAGAGAAAAUGGACUACGAAAAAAAAACCCGGAACUUUAAUAAAAGACUUUUGUAUUCUAUCGUAAACAUGAGUUUAAGCUGUUUGUUAUCAUUUGUUGUCAAAUGAAUACAUUUAAUUAAUUUAAGACCACUUUAUGUUUUUUAAAGAACAUGUUAAGUUUCUAUAAAUAAACUGGAUUAAAAUAAUUAUUAAGUUACUCAUUAGCCGUUCAGAUUUGAUCUUUUGAGAAAUCAUUCUUUAUGGAAGUAUUUUAUGAUUUUCAAUGUAAUGAUAAUGCUUAAAAUUUGCUUAUAAUUUAUAAUGGAUCGAUUUUUAACAGAAAAUUCAGCAUUAUUAAAUCAUCUUAACAUAUGCGACCGAAUAAACAAAACUUCUUGAAAUUAGUACACAUUUAUUAUUUCCCCACUUGAAAAAUUGAACAGAAAGUUAAAGUAUUACCUAUGUUUCUGUUACAAUCUGAGUUAACUCCCUUUGUUUUGUAACUUGAUGAAUACAUUUGCAGCAUUUUACUUAUCUAAUGUGUACUUUUGCUGAUAUUUUAAGAACAGCAAGGUGCUUAUUUGAUUGGUUGCGAUAUUUAUUUGAAUGGUACUGCUGCCAGUGGACUUUGAUAUUUGUUGUUUGUGUGCUGGUCACGUGUUACAACAAUAACCUAGAAUACUGAAUGCAGGGUUUUGUUUUUCACCAAAGAUUCAAAUAUAUUUUUUGAUUUAAUUACUGUGAUUUUCAAAACUUUAUAUAGAUAAAGGAGAUAGACUCUUGAUUUGGCUUUUGCUUUCGUUAAUUACAUGUAUAUUGUGUUAAUUUGUUUGCGAGAUGAAAAUCAGUCUUUAUUCAUCAUCUUGAUUAAGAAACAAAUUGAUAUAACAAAUUUGUUUAAGAUUCGCCUGUAAAAUUACUAAACAACUGAUUUCCACUAAAUCAAGGCUCCACACAGAUCAAGUGGGAGGGGGAUAUUGUCUGGAAGGUGCAAACAGUAGGUCAUAUGAAAGGUAGAUGGAAUCUUAUUACAGGUGGUUUAAUCCCCACAAAUAUUUAUUGUACAUGUAUUGGUCUAUUCAUUGCUAAUUAUUGAGGUGCACAAGCCAGUGUCUACGGGCUAGCUUAAUCUUAUAAAAUAAAAAUUAAUUUAUUUCUUGGAAAUAAUAACCAACAUCACAAAAGAGAAAUCACAAAAAGAUCAUUUGGGUAACUUUCUUUAUUUCAACCCUGUUUGUAGAUUUUAUUUUUUCUUAGUUUAGAUUAGCUUUCUGUUUGCUCUUGUGGACACCAGAUAGAUAUUGCUAAAGUUUAUUUUGGAGGGAUUAUAUAUUGUAAUAUAUACAUUUAUAAUAUUUCUUGUAAAAUAGUAGUGAUUAGUCAUUUAUUUUCAGUUUCUUUCAUUUUCAGCAUUUUAUUUUAUCUAAUUAUUUUGAUUUUUUUUUUUUUUUUUUUAAUUAUUUAACUCUCGGAUAAAAUUGUUUAUAAAGAUUAAUUAAUUCUUUUGUAUAUAUGAGAAAAAUUUCAACUAUUUAGCUUUAACAUUAAUAGACAUUUAUCGCAUUUCAUAUGUAAUUGUACCCAUAAUACCAUAGCUAAUUUUUACCUUAAGCUGUCUUGGAUGGUGUUGCCUUUUUUCAGAACAGUUGGAUCAGGCCGGUUGGAGAGGUCAUUUCCAUAAAUGUAAUGGAAAAUUCAUCUAUCAGAAGUUAGGGUUACUUACUUAAGCCCCAACAUAUUUUUGUGACCCUCGUGGUGUACAACUUUGAAUUGUAGGAAUUUCCAACUUCGGACAGGGGUGUCGGUUGGUCUAAUAAUUAGACUAAUGUGUUCGCCUUAGAUCAUAAUGUCUGUCAUUGAGUCAAGUCGUGUAUUUUUCAACCCACACUUGUAUGUGACAAGGAGUGGGGUCACCUCAAGUUUCUGUCCACUACUAAAGACCCAUAUGCGCAUGCAUAUUAUUGAAAUAAAAUUGCACCAUGUUAUUCCCAAAAUGACUAGUUAAUGUUGAAUGGGCAUUAAACCUCAUUUCGCUCUCUCUCCGUCCUGCCCUAAGUGUCUGAAAAUAGACUUCCCGGUCUUGGAUUUAUUAUGUAAAAUAUACAGUUCUAUUAUUUUGAUAGUUACCGAUGGCUUAACUUCUGUAUUAGAUAAAUAUUACUACUUAACUACCACACAUAUGGUUUGUUCUACAUCAACAAGGAAGAGAAGGACUUUCUUUAAACCAAUUCAAACUGUUCCCUUACAGCUGUUUUACAAUGAGUGCGCAAAGGAAAUUAAUGUGCAUACAAAUCCUAGUCCAUAUUGAAAACAUUCUGGUUCUCAGAAACGGCAGGCAAUGUGAUUUUACUUGUUUUAUAUAAAACCAAUGCUAAUUGCCAGUACAAUUUUACUAGGCAUUAGAAAUAGGCAGUGACGAGAUUAUCUUGAAACAAAUUUAAGUACAUAAAAAUACCUUGCGCACAUUUUACUGUCACAGGAAAACAAUUUGCAUUAAAUAUUUUUGCACUCACUUGCAACUAAACAUUAUGGAGAACAUUGUUUGGGAAGCUGUUAGAAUUAAACAGUUUCUUUGUGGAAUUUAUCUCUUCUGUCAUGAAGAAGAUACUAAGAAGCCUUUUGAUGAUAUCAGAAGAUGUUACAAUUAAUAUCUGAAUCUGUUUUGACCAUAAAAAAGAAACCAAUCACAAAUGAAUACAAAGGGGUACAACUCUUAUAUAACUGCAGUCCACUUAUUACUGAGGUCUUCAUUAUUAUUUUCUGAUUUUCGUCUAAAAAAAAUUUUUUAAAAAAGAAACUGUGUUGAAGAUAAAAAAUAUAGUUUGAGAAUGGUUAUGAGUUUAGGAUACCUAUGCUCAUGAUUUUUAAUAGUAUAGUUGUUAGGGGCCAAUUCCUGAUAAUGAAACUUAAGAUGUAUUUUUAUAUUAUUUGUAACUGCUCCUGGGGUGUAGGUAUGCUUCACUAUAAUGAUAAGUAAAGAAAAUGAUCAAAUAAUGUUGAUUGUUGUAGGUCGGGCUUCCAAGUAGAGUGAUAAACCACAGGAACCUUGAUACAAGUUACCAAGCUAGGUGGUACUGUCAUGAGAUCAUUUCUAUUACAAUAUUGUAAAUCUCUUAAAAUAGCUUUCUCUCCUUAUCUAUGGUUAUAUAAUUGUACAUGAUCCAUUUUUUUCUUCUUAUUGCAACUUUUGUAUGUAUAGAAAUAUGCUUCUAUUAAAUAAAAAAAGCAUAAAAAGUAA